GUGAAAGCGGCGGAUGUGUUGGGAGUCGACAAAGAGUUCAGGGAUCGCGUGGCGGGUGAGAGGGAUAGGCUGUUAUGGCCAGGGAUUGGAUCGUUCGGACAAUUGAUGGAAUGGAUGGAAGAACAACCCGGCGAGAAGACCGACCAUCACAGACAUACUUCCCAUUUGUUUGGCGUAUAUCCCGGACACCAAUUCAAUUGGGAGACAACACCCACUUUGGCCAACGCGUCCCUGGUGUCACUUAAUGCCAGAGGUAUAGACCCAAAGAGCGAUGUGAGGGAGUGGUCGUUCGCGUGGCGGACAGCCAUAUACGCCCGGCUCAUGGAUGCCGAGAACGCCUAUCACUUACUCCGCGAGCUGUUGUCCGCACGUAAUACCUGUCCCAAUAUGUUUGGAUUACACCCUCCGAUGCAAAUCGACGGCAACUUCGGUAUAACCGCAGCCGUCGCCGAAAUGCUGGUCCAGAGUCACGCAGAAGUCGUCGAACUGUUGCCGGCUCUGCCCCGGGAUUGGACGGCCGGACACGCGAAAGAAUAUCACGGACACGAUUUUGGUGACUACCAGAAAUUGGGUAAUAUUAUCAUCAAUUUACCCGAACAUAAGGUCAACACUCAGUACAUGAGAGCGCUGGAUAUCGGGGACGCGGUUACAACCGUUCAGUACGAAUCAAAUGGCGUUCAAUACAAACGCGAGUACUUUGUGAGUCAUGUGUCGGACGUAUUGGUCGGCCAGUUGACCGCCGAUAAGGGAAAGGCAUACACCGGACGCAUAGAACUGCAGGACUCGCAUAAACUUACCGCCAAUGCGGUCAACAAUACGAUCGAAAUAAACGGAAAUCUAGAGAAUGGGUUGCGGUUUGCGUGGAAAGUGUUGGCCAAACACACGGGCGGUACUCUUAAAGUUAACGGCACUGUCAUUGAGUUCAACGGCUGCGACGCCCUGACACUCAUCGUUAGCGCCGGUACUGACUAUGUGUUCGACGACUCGAAGAAGUUUAAGUCCGGCGAAGACCCAGCUGUUAGUGUCAACGCGUUGAUCGGGAAGGCCUCAGAAAAAUCCUACGAAACCCUACGGACGGAACACGUGUCGGAUUUCCACACGUUGUUUAACAGAGUGGACGUCGAUUUGGGUGAGUCGUCGGCACAACAGACGGCGUUACCGACCGUUAAACGGAAGGUCGAAGCGGUCGCGACAUUCGAUCCGGACUUCGAGGAAAUGUUUUUCCAAUUCGGAAGGUAUCUCAUGAUAUCGUCGUCGCGAACGAGUCUUCCGGCAAACUUACAGGGUCUAUGGAAUGACGCCAAUACCCCACCCUGGCAUUCAGACUACCACGCAGACAUUAAUGUACAAAUGAACUACUGGCCAACAGAGACAACUAACCUUGGUGAAUGCCAUUUGCCUCUAUUCAAUCUGAUUCGGAGUCAAUUGAGUGUUUGGCGCAAACAAACGCGAGCUUCCGAUCUAUUACUGACACCUGAGGGCAGGCACUCGUCAAAAGGUGUGGCCGUUUCCGGAGUGCACAACGUUUAUGGAGGAAUGGGUUUAAUAUCAAUGGGUGGACACCAGGAUUGGGAUAAGACUGUCACAGCUUGGUAUGCGCAACAUUUCUGGGAACAUUACGCGUUCGGUUUGAAUUAUACAUAUUUAAAGGACGUGGCCUAUCCUUACCUCAAAGAAGUGGUUGAGUUCUGGGACGAACAUCUGAAGACUGUAACGAACGGCACUAAACAACAGUUGGGAAAACUGGUUGUCCCAAAAGGGUGGUCACCAGAACACGGACCCGUUGAGGACGGCUGUAGCUAUAAUCAAGAGAUUGUAUGGGAUUUGUACACAAAUUACGUGAAAGCGGCGGAUGUGUUGGGAGUCGACAAAGAGUUCAGGGAUCGCGUGGCGGGUGAGAGGGAUAGGCUGUUAUGGCCAGGGAUU